UUCCUUAUUCAUUUUUUCUAGGAUUUUCUUCAUCAGGACCACUGGCUAGAGAAAAUCAACAUGAUUUUAAUACUCUCUGCUUAGUUACCAAACAAAACAAUCUAGCACAAGAGGUAUCAAUGGAGUACUCCAGUACAGCAAUUGUAUUUUCCCAGCUCUCCUUAUUCCCUUCAACACUUCAAACAGAAAACAAAGCUUAUCUAUUCAAACCAUGGAAACAGAGAACUUGUCAAUCUACUCGUUUCCAGUGUCACAAGAUGUAUGUCCCUGGAUUUGGGAAAUCACCAGAAUCCACAGCAGCCCAACAUCUACACCACUUUUUCAAUUUUAUUGCUGUUAAAAUUGUUGCUGCACAGCUUGAGAGCUACAAUCCUGAGGCGUACGAGGAGCUGAGGGAGUUUCUGGAUAAGCAUUCAUUGAGUGAUGGGGAUAAGUUUUGCGCGGAUUUGAUGAGGGAAUCCCCAAGACAUAAAAAUCUAGCUUUGCGCAUUUUAGAGGUUCGAUCAACAUACUGUAAGGACGACUUUGAGUGGGAUAAUUUGAAGCGCCUAGCAUCAAAGAUGGUGGAUGAUUCUAAUAAAAAACUUAUGACGGAUUAUAUCGUGGAUACUAGCUGCAUUGCAGAUGGAAAAUAGAUAUGCAACUAGACAAACUCCUUAAAAUUCUUGAUCACGGUGUAUUUUAAAAGACACAUUUCUAAGGUUUAACAUUACCUCAAAAUGAGGUGAACCAAAACCAGAAUAAUCUGCUUGAUGAGGGACGUGUUAUAUACUCUAGUAUUGUAAAUUUUAAUCAAACUAAUAAAUUUGUUAUAGCUUACAUUAAUCUAAUAGUACUUGGUCAA